AUGCCUAAAGCUGGUGUCUGCGGCUGCUUGGCUCUUCAAGAAGAUGGAAACUGUUUGUCUGCAAGCCUUCUGGAAGAGUUAUGGCAUACCCCAGAAGGAACACUGAGUGUGAAGACACAGGCAAAGGGCGGUGGGAGGAAAACCAGGUUCUUAGUGGAAGGGCCUGCAGAGAUUCCUAAGGUUCCUUCCUUUAUCCAAUCAAUCAACAAAACGUGCCCACCAAAGUGCGGACUUUUGGGAUGCUCCCAGAAGCCCUCGCCUCAUUCUGAAACAUUCUGGGGUGUCCAGGGUUGGAGGGGCCUCCAGCAGCCAAAAGCCUGGGCUCGGGAUCUUCUCGCCCUACCCCUCCUGGAAUCUGAGCGCCACCGAGCACCCAGCGGGACUGGGCGAGGGCAGCAGAGAGGGAUUGCCGCCCACCCCUGGGCAGAUCCUCUUCACUUGACCCAGCCCACACGUCUUUUUUCUCCGCCUCCAGGGAAUAGCUUUCCUAACAGAGUAAGGUGGUACAGAGACAGUGACAAAGUACGGGUGGGGACCUGGAGAAGUAACACUGGGACACUAAAAGCCUCUGGAACCCAGGUGCAGAGAGGAGAAUGGUCAGGGGGCGGAUCUGGGUUCUCAAGGAGGAGGCCGGGCAGAAACCCCGGACCUCCCUGGACCCCGGCGCUACAACCUCCCGCUUUUGGAGGCGCGUCACUGGGGCCGGAGCUGCGCGUUUCCUUUUACGCCCGCCCGCCGGAAGGGAGGCGCCCCGGCCGCGUCCCAGCGAGUCUGUGCCACGUCCCGGUGAGGGUCCACCCCGAUCCAGGCCCAGGGCCGGGGUCCCUGCCCGCAGGCCCUAGGCCGGCCCACGGCCUGGAGGUGCUCUGCUCCCGGGAGCCUGCCUGUGGUUCUCUCGGGCCGCCCGGGCAUUAUCCACCCCGGGGAGCCCACAGCGGGGCGCUGGAAGCCAUUGACGCCGACGCCAAGCCGGAGGUGCUGAGGGCGCAGGGUCCCCCGUGUCCGGGGUGCAAAAUCCAGCAAAGACCAGCGGGCCAAGUGUGUGCGCUCCGGAAGCCUCUGCUUUGUGGACCAGAAGAUAACCUGAUUCCUAGGGGGCCAGUCCUAGAAACCCAGGGAUUUCUUCACCACUUCAAAUCCAGCAUGGGGCAGAGGCCAGCUGGCCUCAGUGGAGGAGCUUUGGGAGUGAUCUCAGUGUUUAGGGGCAUCAGACUCAUUGGAGGAUGCUGGGAACAUAUUAUUAGUGUGUCCUCUGAGCAGUGGAUCCCAUCAUCCCCUCAACUAUAUCAACGCAGCUGAUCUGGCCCAUGAACUGGAGCUAUCGUUACUGUUUGUCCUCCAUUCACAGAGAUGAAGUCCAACAGCUAUUUUGGUUUCUUCUUCUAUUCAUAAAGAAAGACAAAUUAUUGUGCUCUCCUUACAGAGACAAAUGCUUAGUAAUUUAGAUUCAGGAAGCUGGCUACACCCUGAGGAGGGUAGGACUGGUAGGAACUCUUAGGAAGAGGAGAAGCCAUGGAGUCAGUGGUCUCUUUGCUGUUUAUUUCCCUACAGCUCCAAGCGCUGAGUAAUUCUUGCUGUAAAAUUCUCAUUUGCUUUCAGCUGUGCUAUAGGAAAUCAGGGUUUAGUUCCACAUGGGAUGGCCUGAGCCUGGGAUCCCCGAUAGCAUCCUAGGGUGAUCUCUAUGCAGAGCCAGGUCUAGAAAUGUUAAGGGUUUUUACAUUUAAGCAUAAUAUACAUGCAGAAUUAUAUACAAAUCGUAAAUAUGUUACCAGCCACUAUUAACCCGAACGGCCAUGUCAUGCAG